AUGCCAGGCUUCAUAUCCCCAUAUCGCGGUGUACGAUAUCAUUUAAAAGAGCACACCGGUAGGACACCAAAGAAUAGAAAAGAGUUGUUUAAUUUAAGGCAUUCAAGUUUAAGAUCAAAAAUUGAAUGCACAUUUGGUAUAUUGAAGAACCGGUUUAAAAUACUAUCGGCGAAGCCAAAUUAUCCAUUUCCCACUCAAGUGGACAUUGUACUAGCGUGUACCGUGUUAAACAAUUUCAUUGCUAUAGAAGAUCCAGAUGAUGAUAUUUUAAAUGAAAAUAUAGACAUUGAUGAAGAUAAUGGGGAAGUGACCAAUGACGAUGACUCAAGUGUGGUGGACUAUACUCAAACUAGGACACAGAGAGAGGAUCGAGAUUCAAGAAAUGAAUGGAAGGAGCUACGAGAUCAAAUUGCUUGGGCGAUGUGGGUGGAUUAUUGUGCAAAGUAUAAUGGUGGUAACACAAUAGAAAGUGCUUUAGCUUAA